AUGGUGGGCUGCGGAUUGCUGGCUUCGCUCCUGCAGCGCGGAAGUUCUUCUAGGUCGAUGAAGAAACGACGUAUUCGCCAUUCUCAGAGGGAUGCUCACAAGGGAUCCGCUGGCACGGUGACCUCGUCCGACGAAGACGGUUACGAGAGUUCGGGGUCAUGGCAACAUGCCGAAAGUCGCCCAAGCCAGGAUGCACCCCAGAAGGGUAGCGAGUCGCAGAAUGCGGUCAAUACCGACCCUGGUCUAUUGAAGAAGCAUUCAACAUAUCUCUCCUAUACCACCUCCGUCGCCGAGUACCCAUCAAUACGGACGUUUUACCGCCCACAUCCUCAGAUGGAUAAAUUCCCAACUAAGCCGUCGCCGAUCCCACUGUUGGUAUUUGUACACGGCUUAGGAGGCUCACUGGCGCAGUUCAACCAUCUCCUUACCAGCCUCUCAAACGUCGGUCCUUGCUUCGGAAUUGACUUGCCCGGUUGCGGGCUGUCAUCUUUUGCGCCUACCUCGUGGGAUGCGUACACGGUCGAAGCUCUAGCGGAGUUGCUUGCCACAGCCAUUGAUAAACAACGUGAUAAGGAAGCGGGCCAGAAAGUGGUCUUGAUUGCGCACAGUCUAGGCUGUUCGCUGUCAGCAUUGCUAACAUCUUCAACUUCACCUCUCAGGCAUGACUUGAAGGAUGAUAUCAUUGGCCUCGUGGCCAUCUGUCCUCGCGCGUCACCACCUUCACCCAAAGAAGUUUCGUCCUAUCGCCGUUUGCUGUAUAUACCUGGGCCUGUCUUUGACCUCUGGCGACAAUGGGAUAGGCGCGGAGGCCUUUACAGCAGUAGCGUUACCCGGCUUGUCGGCGCGGAUGCCGAUGACGAGACUCGCGGCCUUCAAAUUCGGUACAACAAACAAAGCAAGACGCCGGUCUGGAGGCGUAUGGCUUGGGGAACUCUUCCUUCAUAUUCUAACGGUAAACCGGUCGGUGGUCUUCCUGGAGAGGAAGUUUGGGCUGGUGUCCAGACACCUGUUUUGCUUGUUGGCGGAGAAUCGGAUGCAGUGACCAAGCCUGCUGAACUCCGAAAGCUUCUGAGAGCUUUUGGCGAUACAGAGAAGACCGUCAAUGAAGGUGCUGACGGCAGCGCCACUGUUCCCGACUCUAGACUUCCUGCGCAGACCUCGGAAUCUCCUGACUCCCUGGCCCACGAGGAAAAGUUCGGUAUUAAGCCAGAGCAAGACGAGAAGUCCAUGGUCGGAUCCAAUGGAUCUGUCCAAACCAAACGUUCCGUAAAGACUGUCGUCCUUCCGGCACCUGCGUCCCAUGCCUUGUUAUAUGACCGUGCAACAUACCGCACGCUUGCGGGAAUCAUCCAGGAUUUUGUCGCCCAACAUGCCGACCACAGGCUGAACCUCGGGUGGCAACUCCAGCACCUGAACACGUCCGGAAAAUGGGAUGUCAAGAACUUGGCGAAAUGGAAGAAGGUCCCGCCGGUCUCUGAGCGGAUUGCCAACACAUUCGUGGCGCUCAAGAUGCUGCGCGAAGUCGAUGAGGAACACAAUCCGGUUCUUUUCUCUCAGGCGCAGCGCGACAACAUAUAUUGUGUUAUCGACAUCAGCCACGAGAGCCCCGUAUACAAUCCAGCUUCCCUGGAGGCCGGCGGUAUCCAUUACCAAAAAUAUCCGACCGUCUCCAAAAUACCCCCAACGCCAGAUGAGGUCCGCGAUUUCAUUGCUUUAGUCGAUCGCCUGCAGAACGAAAUCACGGAGAAGAUAGAGAAAUCCGAUGACCCAUCCCGAUUACGGCCCGUGGUUGGUGUCCACUGUCACUACGGCUUCAACCGAACCGGCUUCUUGAUCGUUAGCUAUCUAAUCGAACGAUGCGGAUUUGGAGUCCAAGAAGCCAUCGACGAAUUCGAGAAACGCCGUCCGCCGGGAAUCCGGCACGGCCAUUUUAUUGAUACAUUGUUUGUGCGAUAUUGCGUUGGCCUGAAGAGGGCGCCGACGCUUUGA